AUGUCCUUCACCGCCAAAUGCCCGACCGUUGUUUCCCGCCUCAAAAACCCUCUCUUUCACCAUCACUCUCUGCACACCACUGUCCCUCAAAAUCCCACCAAUUUCACCCAAAAUUUCAAGAGCCCCACGCACCAAACCCUGCACCACCUCCUAGAGCAAUGCUCCUCCAUGAGAGAACUAAAACAACUCCACGCCCAAAUCAUCCUCCAUAGCCUCACCAAUGAAAACCUCACCCUCGGAAAAUUCAUCUCCUUCUGCUCCGUCAACCACGCCGGCAACCUCCACUACGCGCAGCUUUUGUUCGACCAUGUUCAUGAACCCAAUAAGUUUAUGUACAAUAGUCUCAUAAGGGGCUACUCAAAUAGUGAUGACCCAUUUAAGGCUUUCUCGCUGUACUGCCAAAUGGUUUGUUCAGGACUUUCGCCGAACGAGUUUACGUUACCCUUUGUUCUUAAGGUUUGUGCUGGGCAGUCUGCGUAUUGGGAAGCUGUGGUUGUUCAUGGUCAGGCGAUUAAAAUAGGAAUUGGGUCUCAAGUUUGCGUGCAAAAUGCUCUUAUUAAUGUCUACGGUGUUUGUGGGUCGAUCCGGAGCGCUCGGAAUGUGUUUGACGAUAUGUCCGAGAGGAGUCUGGUUUCGUGGAAUUCGAUGAUAGGCGGUUAUGCUAGAAUGGGUUCAUGCAAGGGAGCUUUUUUAUUGUUUAGGGAGAUGAGAGAUUUUGGGGUUGGGCCUGAUAAGUUCACCUUGGUUAAUUUACUUUCUGUUUGUUCACAGUCUUGUGAUUUAGAAUUGGGACGGUAUGUGCAUCUUUAUAUUGAGGUUAGUGGGAUUGAAGUUGAUCAAAUUCUGAGAAAUGCUCUUCUGGAUAUGUAUGCUAAGUGUGGCCAUUUGCACUUGGCACAAACAAUUUUUUAUCGAAUGACUCACAAAAAUGUGGUUUCAUGGACGUCAAUGGUUAGUGCAUAUGCUAAACAUGGGCUCAUUGAAUUUGCCCAGGAAUUUUUUGAUCAGAUGCCACUGAAAAAUGUGGUUUCGUGGAAUUCAAUGAUUUCAUAUUAUGUCCGAGAAGGCCAAUGCAGGGCGGCCUUGGAUCUCUUCCAAAGAAUGCUUAAUUCUGGUGCGUUGCCUGAUGAAGCUACCUUGGUUUUCAUCCUUUCAGCCUGUAGUCAAAUUGGUGAUUUGGUCAUUGGAAAGAAAACCCACAGUUACAUUUGCAACAGCAAUGUAGCACCCAGUGUAACUCUUUUUAAUUCCCUUAUAGACAUGUAUGCAAAAUGUGGUGCUGUUGGAAUCGCCAUGGACCUCUUUACUCAGAUACCAGAAAAGAAUGCAGUAUCAUGGAACAUUAUCAUUGGGGCCCUUGCACUGCACGGUUGUGGAUUCGAAGCAAUUAGGAUAUUCAAACAGAUGCAAGCAGGUGGAAUCUGGCCCGAUGAGAUCACCUUCACUGGAUUGCUUUCUGCUUGUAGUCACAGCGGGCUUCUAGACAUGGGGCGAUAUUACUUUGAAAGAAUGGAGUCUAUUUACAGAAUAUCACCUGAAAUUGAGCACUAUGCUUGUAUGGUUGAUCUGCUGGGGCGAGGGGGUUUUUUGGAAGAAGCAAUUAGGCUGUUAAUAGGAAUGCCAAUGAAGCCCGAUACUGUUAUUUGGGGUGCUUUGCUUGGUGCUUGUAGGAUCCAUGGAAAUGUAGAUUUAGGCAAACAAAUUCUGAAGCAGCUUUUAGAGUUGGAAGGACAUGGUUCUGGGCUUUAUGUACUUCUCUCGAACAUAUUUGGUGAAGCUCACAGAUGGGAAGAUGUUAAGAAGAUCAGGAAACUAAUAAAAGAUGGUGGAGUCAUAAAGAGUAGAGCAGUGAGCUCCAUUGAAAUUGAUGGCUGUGUUUAUGAAUUUAUGGUUGAUGACAAGAGACAUGAAACUUCAAGCAGUAUAUACUCCAUGCUUGAUCAAUUAACGGAUCAUCUUAAGUCUACUGGGUAUGCUCCAAGUGCAUUUUUGGAUAUGGAGGAAUUGUAGUACUGCUGUAUCAGAUGUUCGGUGAUUCAUGCCAUGUCGGAUGAUCAAGAUAUGCGGAAGAUGGGGAGGCUUGCCUCCUCGUUCCCUUUAACCUAUGCCAGUGUGGAAUUAAGAUUACAGAACAGAGCUUGAGCAACUGAAUUCAGACUAUUUCUAGCUCAGGAAAAGAAUCAUUAACAUGGAAAACAUGCAGCAAGAACCUAACACUAAGUGAUGCAUCAUGGUCAUCGCCAAUAACAUUAUAAGACAAAUUCAACAAAUGUGAAAAGGCACAUUGAAAACAAUGAGUGCGUAGCAAAACUUGGAAGGAUGACCACAACCAACUUGCAGGUCACAAAUUUUCCGGAGCUUCAGUCAACCUGCAGCUCAUAGGUUGUGCAGCAGCUACAGACGGAUGGGAACAACUAGAACUUCCUUAUAAGUUUUAUUCAAUAUUAUCGAAUGCAAACUAUAUAGCCAAAAGAAAAUCCAAAGUACAAUCUUACAAAGCAUACUGAGCCAAACAAGGAAAGAAGAAGGAAGGGCACAUCCAAUCCAAGAACCAAUUUGACCAUGGAAGGGAGGUCUUCCCAAAUCUUGAGGGGCUAUAAGAGGUGGGGUCUUGACAACCAUGCAUGGAUAAAGUGCUCUGGAUCGAAGAACUUUCAUGGAAGUAAGUGUGUGGGCUGCACUAAUAGAAACAGUAAAGGGCGGCCGAGUUUGGAUGGAUUUGAAUAAUAAGUUAAAACAAAAAUAAAACAAAAAAGGAAGAAGCUUGGCACCGGGAUACAUGGAGCAUGCAGAUUGCAGAGAUGGGGCUCGAACCAGCAGACCCCCCGGAUCAGCUUACGCCACCCUUUGUCGGAUUGUUUGCAAAUAUACACAUAAUUUUGCUACUUGUUGAUUGAGUGUUGCACUUUCCAAGGCCCUUCUUUUCCACGUGCCCUUCCUCAUGCCUUGCAGCGAAGCACCUUGCACUCUCCUCACCAUGCCACGUUUUCCUCUUCAUUUUUUCCCAUUUCUUUCUUCUUUUCAUUCUUCCUUUCUAAUUCAUUCUCUGCCUCUGUGGACACUGCUGCCCUUGGAGUUGUCCCAAUUUUCCCCUAAUCUGCCACUUGCAGACGUUGCAGUGUAGCAGCCACUCAAAUCUCUUUUUACCACCAACUGUAUAUUCACUCUUUUCUUUCUUUCUCUGUUAAAUUACCCUCUUCCUCUUCCAAUUUCACCUGCAGUUUUGUCCGUGGAUUUUUGAGUGACAAGGCUCCUCUCCUCUCACUCAACUGCUCCCAUGUGAAAAAUCUGUAUGGAAUGAGAUAUUUUGUGUCUUGGCAAUGUGAAUAUCAUGUGACAAUUGGAGAGUGGUUCUAGGUUUUACAAUUACAAUCAAGAUUUUCCAUCUUU